GAAAUUUGGGAACUCGUGGGAAUCCCAGGCCAGAGCCGAGAGAGUGACAACAAACUAACGGUGGUAUGGUAUUCUGAUAAUCUGUAAAUGGAGUGUUUUUGAAAAUCGAAGAGAACGACAGAACCUGCAAUGGCCAAUUCAUCCUCUGAAGAUUCCGAUCAGGAGGUUCAGCAACUACCUGGAAACCUUGAUGAUGGCGAUGCGAACACUAUCAAGAUCAUGGUAGCUACGGACUGUCACAUAGGAUACAUGGAGAAAGAUAACAUCCGACACAGUGACUCCAUCAAUACGUUUGAAGAGAUCCUGCAGCUGGCUCGCAAAAACAAGGUUGACAUGGUGUUACUUGGUGGAGACCUGUUUCAUGAAAACAAACCUUCCAGGAAGUCCUUGCACGGGGUCAUGACCCUGUUCAGGAAGUACUGCAUGGGGGACAGACCGGUCCAGAUUGAGUUUCUCAGCGAUCAGAGCGUCAACUUUUCAGCCAGUCCAUUCCCCAAUGUGAACUAUGAAGAUCCGAAUCUGAACAUUGACAUGCCUGUCUUCUCUAUACAUGGAAACCAUGAUGAUCCUGCUGGGUUGGGUAAUCUGUGUGCUUUGGACAUGCUGAGUGUGUCGGGUUUGGUAAACUACUUUGGUAAGAGUACCUCACUGGAAUCGGUAGAGAUCUCACCCAUCCUUCUUCAGAAAGGAACGUCCAAGCUAGCUAUCUUCGGCUUGGGUUCCAUUAGAGAUGAACGUCUUCAUCGGAUGUUUCUAUCGGGGAAGAUAUCCAUGCUGAGACCGAAGCAGAAUGCGGAUUCCUGGUUCAAUAUCUUUGUCAUUCAUCAAAACAGAGCGAAGCAUGGUGAGCACAACUACAUCCCCGAGCAGUUCCUUGACAACUUUAUAGACCUGGUUAUUUGGGGUCACGAGCACGAAUGCCUGAUUGACCCCGUGUGGAAUGCAUCACAGAAUUUCUUUAUCAGUCAACCUGGUAGUAGUAUAGCCACAUCAUUAUCGCCGGGCGAAGCAGUGCCAAAACACGUAGGUCUGUUGCAGGUUCGUGGUAAGGCAAUGAAAUGCACUAAGCUCAAACUUGAGACCGUCAGGCCAUUCUAUCUUGAGGACAUCACCCUCCAGGAUACCACACUCGAUCCAAACGACGUCAAGAUCUCAGAGAAAACAAUCGCAUUCUGCACUGAAAAGGUUGAAUCUUUGAUACAAAAAGCAGCUGAUGAACACACAGGGAACCGAAAGCAGCCAGACCUCCCUCUCAUUCGACUUAGGGUGGACUACAGCGGGGGAUUCGAUACAUUCAAUGUUAAUCGCUUUGGUCAGAAGUUUGUUGGUCGGGUGGCAAACACCAAGGAUCUUAUCCGCUUUACAAAGAGAAGGGUACAACUUAAGAAAGAAGAUACCAAACCUGGAGAAGACUUGGGCGAGUUCCUCAAGCCAGAAGCUCUGGAAACUGAAAGAGUUGAAGACCUUGUCCGGAAGUAUUUCUCAGAAACAGAAGAGUCAAAGCAGCUGGAACUCUUGUCAGAGAAGGGCUUGGGCCAAGCCGUCCGGGAAUACGUUGAUAAGGAAGAGAAGGAAGCUAUCCAAGCUCUCGUUAAACACCAGCUUACACAAACACAGGGUCAACUCAAGACCAGGAGAACAACUGAAGAUCACAUCGAUGUCGAGCUGCAUCGAUUUAAAGAGGAGAGAAGACAAAUGAGUGAAGCAGAUGUCACCAGUGAAGUCAAAGCAGCCAUUGAUGAAGAUCGAAGUCAGAGACCAGAUGCCUACUCCCAGGACUAUGGCGGAGACAGUGAUGACGAUAGCAUGGUGACAGGCAAUGGGGACGCCUCCUCCAUGUCUACCAGAGGGCGUGGCAGGGGGAGGGGCGGGAGAGGAAGAGGAGCAACUGGCAGCACCACCACAAGAGGAAGAGGAAGCAGAGGUGGCAGGGGUAGCAGAGGAGGAAGAGGUCAAAGUUCAUCAAGUCGAGGGUCAGCAGCUUCCAAACAGAGUCUCCUGAUGACAUCCUUUGCAAACGCGUCUUCAUCAAGCAACAGAACCAAACCGGGAGCCAUUGCAUUUGAGGAUGAUAAUGACGACGAUAUGGAUUCCAUGCCAGUGUCAAGAAACAAUAAAACAGCUAAACGGAAAACAACGUCAAAGAAAGUGAUCGAAAUCAGUGACUCCUCAGAGAAUGACAGUGAUGACCCGUUCAGUGCAAUGAGCUCAUCCACCCGGAGUCAAGCUAAGAGAGGCAGACAGUACUAACAUCUCGACACUGCAAACCCAUUCAUGCCUGUGGACUGAGAAUGCAAAGAUAGGACAUGUUACCAGUCCUAGCACUGCAGUUUGAAUGAUGGAACAUUAAGAAUUAUAUGGACUGAGAAUGCAAAGAUAGGACAUUUUACAAAUCUGUUAAUUAGUGCAGGAGUCAAGCAAAGAGAGGCAGACAGUACUAACAUCUCAACACUACCAACCCAUUCAUGCCUAUUGACUGAGAAUGCAAAGAUUGGGCAUCUAACCAGUCUUUUAGUAUAGGAGUCAAGCAAAGAGGGAGAGACGGUACUAACAUCUCAGUACUGAAACCCAUUCACGUCUAUGGAGUGAGAAUACAAAGAUGGGACAUUGUACCAGUCUGUUAGCACUGCUAUUUGUCUUGCACUCUACACAGUGCCUCAGCAAAACUGCAUAUGUUAAGCAAUAUGUGAUUGCCCUAGGAAACCACAGUUCUUUUGAGGCACCGUAUCAUUUCAGUACUACUUGAAGAAGUGCGUCCUUUGACACUUUUGAAGGGACAAUCUUCAAAUGCACCGUAGGCGAUCUAUGAAUCAUAAUCUGGCAUCUAUGACAUAACUGUAAACAUAAAUUUAGAGUUAGACAAAUAUAUCAUGCACUUUACCAACAAUGAUUUUUUUAGCAUACAAGUGGCUAUUACCAUUGAUUGAUUGAUUGAUUGCAUUUAUUCUUUUUCAUUCCAAAAUUUAACAAAAGUUACAAUGUAUAGCAAAACACAAAAAUAUAAUAUACAGAAAUGAAAAAAGGGAACCCACUGGAAAGCAAAGCUCGUUAGUAUGGGUUCCCUGCAAUAAAUAGUUAAUUAAAGUAUAUCUUUGAUCAAUGAAAUUCAAAUCGUAAAUUAAAAAGGUCUGUACAAUGAAAAAGAAUACUAGUGGGGUCAAGCUUUUUAUGCCUACUAUGUUACAAUUAACAAAAAAUAUUAUAUCAUAUAUACCCCUGCUGUAUAAAAAAAACAUGAGUUCAGGAUUGUGUGAACAGACAAUCACUUGGACAAGACAGGACAAAUUCCAGGUAUGAGCUAAUCAAUUUUCUGUGGUAGGUUAUUUGGAAAAUUGCCGCUUGGUCUUCACCCACUUCGUCAUCUUUCCUUUCAAUCUCGUCCCACAUGCUCUAACCCUACUUCGUCUCCAAUCAAUUCUCCUUGUAACCAUUUGGUCUAAUUGCCAUUUAGCCCAUUUACGAACCAAAGUUUCAUUUGACAAAGUGCAACAUAAUAAGUAGAUGAAGAGGAGAUUAGACGUUCUAAUCUGGGCAUUAGAAUAAAUAAUAGUUGACCAAGUGAUGGUUCUAUGAAAUGGGAAGUAGACCGAAUUGGUAUUAGACCAUGUAGGUUUAGCCAUGAUACUGUCGGGCGAUCUAAGGAAAAGACCAUCUGCUAGUGGAUAAUAAUGUGAGAUGGUGUUGUUGUUUGAUAGUGUAUUCAUAUACGAGCAACUGAAAUUCAUUGUGGAAGUAUGUAUUGUAACAGUGUAGAAAUAAUAAACACUUUAUAAUCUUCUUGAUUUGAUAUAUGAAUGUAAACUAUCUGUUUGGAUCGUGUAUGUAUGUUCGACUUUGAAGAAAUUCCUCUUGAAAGAGGGGAAAAACACAUUUUGAUAGGUGAUUUUGUCUGAAAUACUGCGCUGAUGGAAGCAAUUAUGCUCCCUGCCAAGGAAAGUUUCAAGGAGUUAUAUACGAUUCAGUGCACAGUCGGGCAGGAGAACAGUCUGGCGGACUCUUGGUCAAACUACUUCCUCGUUUUUCACCCAGUGCUCAUUAGACUUUGCUCUAAUAGAUUAGUCUUUGAGUCAACACAUGGAAGAUAAUUCUUUUUAAAAAUAUAUCUAGUAUUGCAUUGCUUUGCUAGCAACAUAUGGCAAUUAAUCCUACUCACUACCAAAGUAUCUUAUAUAGAUUAUUCAGUCACAUUCCUAAAGCUAUACUUUCGAUUCACACUUCCAAUCUUGCUAUGAAUGAGUGAUAAUGUUUUAUAACAUUACCCACAUCAAGUAAAAACUAUUUCAUUAUAUUCAGCUUGCUAAUGAUCAGUCAUGCAUAAACUGUCAUCUUCGAACCUGCUUUAUACUAUAUUUGAACUGCACACUGAAUCAAUUAGACUCUACACAUAAUUAUAAGUGAUAAUUUUUUUUUUGUCACUGCUUAUGUUGAGAAAUAUCCAGUGAUGCAAUGUGUUUGUGUAUGUUUUAAAUGUAACAUAUUGAUGUACUCGGAAUAACAAGGCAUGUUAGACCUCUCUUUUUGCUGCAAUCACAUACAAAUGGAAUUGAAUUAAAUUUGAGUUCCUCCACAAACGUCAAGAGCAUGUAUAUGUACAAUCAUAUAACGAAGCAGAGCAUUUGAUUAGGUAUUUGACACAAGACAAGCACCAAUGAACAAGUUUGAAAUUUAAAUCACAAUUUGAUGGUAACUUUUACGCUUUUAUACAGGGUAAAUUAAACAAAAAAUCAUUGGAGCUGACAAUCAACUAGAUUUGAUACUUUUCAGGACUAAUGAGAUUAAUUGAUUUCAGAGCCAACUUGAAACUCAACUAAUACUUAUUAUAACUUUCCGUAUCAAAGGCAGUUUCUGUGAAUACUGUCCGUUUUCUGCAACCGCAGAAAAUCACUGUCCCUACUUUUACAGAGACCGUGAUAAAAACUGGACACUUGUUUCAACAAGAGAUUAUAUUAUUGCUUACAAUUGUCGGUCACAGACUUACAGUCAUGUAUUUGUAGGGAAGUUCCCCCUGACAAAAAGUUUGUUGUAAAAAUAGCAGAUAAAAUAAAUAAAAAAUAUCGUUGAAGGUUUGACAAAAAUCCAUCAAAGAUUAAGAAAGUUAUUUGAAUUUUAAGUUUUUGAUUUGUGACGUCAUAUAUGAGCAGCUUCCCCAUAUGUUAGGUAAUGUAAAUCCAUAAAUUUCAAUUUUUUAAUGGUUCUUGCCUUGGUGACUUAUGAUUUUAUUUCUUUCAGUUCUGGGUGUGAAAUGAUUUGUCUAAUGAUAUACUGAAGGCACAAUAAACACUGUUUUCAAUUUUCUAAGAAAAUGACAUUUUAUUGAUUAUCUUCCAUAUGAUAUGUGGGAAAGAUGCUCGCAUAUGACAUCACAGAUCAAACAACUUAAUAUUCUAAUAAUUUUUUAUAUUCUUUGAUGGAUUUUUCUCAAACCUUUGCCAAUAUUUUUAAAAUUAUUUUUUCUGCUAUUUUUACACUAAACUCUUUGUUAGGGUGAACUGCCCCUUUAAUAAGCCAGUUUGUAGUUCCUUUCUGCGCAUGAUCAAAAGAUUCUGCGCAUGAUCAGAGGAAGGUCACUUGUACUAAAAUGACGUGGUGGUUUAAAAUCUAAUGAGAUAAGCACCAACUUUGAUGUCUCGAUUAUUCAUAUAUUCUUUUGAAUUGUGUUUUUCAUUUACAUCCAAAAACAACAACAAUGCGUCCACGGACGACUGCAUGGUAUUUCACAGUUUGCCAAGUACAUUGUGCAACAUGCUAUGAUACGCAUUCAAAGUAGGAAUGCAACAAAUACCUUCAUAGAGCAAUAUGUAGAGUGUUCAUUUGUGUGCUAUUCUAGUCACCUGGUCUAUUCAAUUUCUUCAUCCUGCUAUGUAAGGCAUGCUUACGUAAUAUCUUGCUUUGAAAUCUGCCUAUCAUAAUGAAAGAAAUGAAAGGUCAUUUGACCCAAAUUGUCCAUGAAUAAACUAUGAACUGGUGGGUGUUUCAUAAAGCUGUUCGUAAGUUAAGAGCGAUUUUAAGAACGACUGGUGAUCCUUUCUUGUGAUAAUUGGUAUAUUGAAUUGGAGAUGGUUUAGCGCGUAAGAAGGGUUCACCAGUCGUUCUAAGUCGCUCUUAACUUACGAACAGCUUUAUGAAACGGCCCCCUGGUCUAUUAUACAAUUGGUUUUAUCUUUGAUGUUUUAGGGACCCAGAUCAAAAAUCCAUAUUUCUGUGUAAAUUGCUCUUGAAGUGGAUUCACUUCCUAUCUUUGCAUUUUCACUUUCAUUUGCUAAAAUGAUGCAUCCGUUUAUAUACUUUUAGACAUAUGUAAUAAAAAAUGUAUUAUAUAAUUAUGUUUCUUUAAUCUUAUACCAAAGCAAUAAAUCAUUCAGCGCAAAAUUCA